AUGCCCUCCGUAACACCCUCCCUCUGCACCCCGGCGGAGAAUCACUCCAGGCAACAACAAUUCUCCUUAGCGUUGCUGGCUAUUUGCUUCUCCAUAUCAGACAGUCAGCAACCAACGCAGGGAACCAGAAGUCUCCUCCUCUUCGAGCUGUACUUAGCCUUUAUUUACGUCACCUUCACGGCGGCGGUCGUCCUCUCCGUUCUCUCCCUUCGCCCCUCUGGAGGAGGAGCUGCUCCGGCGACGGCCUUGAUACAACAGUGGGGGCAACCCAUCGGUCUCGUUUCGGCUUCAGCGGCUUUUGUGCUCAGGUCAUGCCUUGACCUUCCUAUUCCCUCACUACUCCGCAUCUGGUUUUUCCCCAUGGCGCUCGCCGUCGCGCUCCUCGUCUUCCUCGCCUGGAAUAAGUACCGCUCCGCCGUCGCAACCAUGCCCUCCGUAACACCCUCCCUCUGCACCCCGGCGGAGAAUCACUCCAGGCAACAACAAUUCUCCUUAGCGUUGCUGGUUAUUUGCUCCUCCAUAUCAGACAGUCAGCAACCAACGCAGGGAACCAGAAGUCUCCUCCUCUUCGAGCUGUACUUAGCCUUUAUUUACGUCACCUUCACGGCGGCGGUCGUCCUCUCCGUUCUCUCCCUUCGCCCCUCUGGAGGAGGAGCUGCUCCGGCGACGGCCUUGAUACAACAGUGGGGGCAACCCAUCGGUCUCGUUUCGGCUUCAGCGUCUUUUGUGCUCAGGUCAUGCCUUCACCUUCCUAUUCCCUCACUACUCCGCAUCUGGUUUUUCCCCAUGGCGCUCGCCGUCGCGCUCCUCGUCUUCCUCGCCUGGAAUAAGUACCGCUCCGCCGUCGCAACCAUGCCCUCUGUAACACCCUCCCUCUGCACCCCGGCGGAGAAUAACUCCAGGGAACAACAAUUCUCCUUAGCGUUGCUGGUUAUUUGCUUCUCCAUAUCAGACAGUCAGCAACCAACGCAAGGAACCAGAAGUCUACUCCUCUUCGAGCUGUACUUAGCCUUUAUUUACGUCACCUUCACGGCGGCGGUCGUCCUCUCCGUUCUCUCCCUUCGCCCCUCUGGAGGAGGAGCUGCUCCGGCGACGGCCUUGAUACAACAGUGGGGGCAACCCAUCGGUCUCGUUUCGGCUUCAGCGGCUUUUGUGCUCAGGUCAUGCCUUCACCUUCCUAUUCCCUCACUACUCCGCAUCUGGUUUUUCCCCAUGGCGCUCGCCGUCGCGCUCCUCGUCUUCCUCGCCUGGAACAAGUACCGCUCCGCCGUCGCAACCAUGCCCUCCGUAACACCCUCCCUCUGCACCCCGGCGGAGAAUCACUCCAGGCAACAACAAUUCUCCUUAGCGUUGCUGGCUAUUUGCUUCUCCAUAUCAGACAGUCAGCAACCAACGCAGGGAACCAGAAGUCUCCUCCUCUUCGAGCUGUACUUAGCCUUUAUUUACGUCACCUUCACGGCGGCGGACGUCCUCUCCGUUCUAUCCCUUCGCCCCUCUGGAGGAGGAGCUGCUCCGGCGACGGCCUUGAUACAACAGUGGGGGCAACCCAUCGGUCUCGUUUCGGCUUCAGCGUCUUUUGUGCUCAGGUCAUGCCUUCACCUUCCUAUUCCCUCACUACUCCGCAUCUGGUUUUUCCCCAUGGCGCUCGCCGUCGCGCUCCUCGUCUUCCUCGCCUGGAAUAA